UUCCUGACGGAGCUUACCAGACUCUUCCAAAAGUGCAGAACUUCGGGGAGUGUUUUCAUAACGCUGAAGAAAUAUGACGGCCGAACAAAACCAGUCCCACGCAAAGGCCACGUAGAAAGUUUUGAACCAGCGGACAAUAAGUGUCUUCUAAGAGCAACUGAUGGAAAGAAGAAAAUUAGCACAGUGGUGAGCUCAAAGGAAGUAAAUAAGUUCCAGAUGGCAUACUCAAACUUGCUGAGAGCUAACAUGGAUGGCUUGAAGAAGAAAGACAAGAAAAGCAAAAACAAGAAGAGUAAAGCAACACAGUGAUGGAAUAGUGUCCUACCACCACUAUAACAGACUUGACCCUUGCUCAAAGCAAAGUCCAUUUCUUCUUGAGUUACCACUUGUCUUUGGCUUUCCUUCCAGCAGGAAACUGAGAUGCGAUCAGGACUUCUGUUUGAACCAAGAGCAGAAGGUGCUUUCUGUGGAUUGUUGUAUGGCAGGAGUAUUCACAGGGUUACACUGAAAUAACUUUACGCUCAGCUGCCAACUAGUUUUGUACUUCUCCUGCUGCCUGUUUUGUACUGUACAAGUGAGCAGUGUAAAACCUGUUUGGGGGUAACACGGGGUGAACAGAAAUGCGCCAUCCCAGAGGCAAAGUAAGACUGGAGGGGGAGUCUCAGUGACAGAUGCCCAGUUUAUAGGUAAGCCUCAGUACUGCUAGGGAAAGUGGGUGCCAACACGUUAUGGGGAACAGCAGCUUUCCUGUUUCUGUCUUAUUUUGAGGGACAUGUCUAGGUGAUGCAGUGC